AUGAAGGUUCUUUUACUGAAAGACCCUAAAGAGGAUGACGGUGGCCAGGACCCAUAUAUCAGGGAAUUGGGGUUCCGUGGACUUGAAGCCACUUUGAUUCCUGUUUUGUCCUUCAAGUUUUUGUCUCUCAGCAGCUUCUCUGAGAAGCUGUCUCAUCCUGAAGCUUACGGGGGACUCAUUUUCACCAGCCCCCGAGCAGUGGAAGCAGUGGAGUUGUGUUUGGAGAAGGACAAUAAAACUGAAGCCUGGAAAAAGUCUUUGAAAGAAAAGUGGAAUGCUAAGCCAGUGUACGUGGUUGGAAAUGCUACCGCUUCUCUCGUGAGGAAAAUUGGCCUGGAUUCAGAGGGCAAAAACUCUGGCAGUGCAGAAAAGCUUGCGGAAUGUAUCUGUUCCAGGGAGUCACCGGCGCUGCCGCUCCUGUUUCCCUGUGGAACCCUCAAAGGCGAGAUCCUGCCGAACAUGCUCAAGGACCAAGGGGUCCCCAUGGAAAGCUUACCCGUCUAUCAGAAGAUCCCACACCCAGGAAUCCACGGGGACCUGAGGAGUUACUUCUCCAAGCAGGGCGUCCCAGCCAGCAUCACAUUUUUCAGUCCCUCAGGCCUGACGUACAGCCUGCAGCAUAUCCAGGAGUUAUCUGGUGACAGCAUCAAGCAUAUCAAGUUUGUGGCCAUCGGCCCCAACACAGCACGGGCAAUGGCUGCUCAGGGCCUGCCCUUGAGCUGCACUGCAGAGAGCCCCACACCAGAAGCCCUGGCCAGAGGCAUCUGGAAGGUGCUCCAGCCCCAUGCCUGCUGCUGA